AUGUGGACAAAGCAUGGAAAAAGCAUUACUGGUGCUCAUUUAAUAACCAUCGAAAAUUUCUGGCAAUGCCCAGAAAAAUACAGCUUCAUCUAUCCUACUUGGACAGUCCUGCACUUUCAUAAUGUUCAAGGCUACAAGGUUCCAGUUUCAGAUCCAGAUGAAUCUAUAACAUGUCGUGUGUAUACACCAGCCGGACGUGGUUCGUUUCCAGUGCACUUGAACUUCCACGGCGACGGCUGGGUUUUUGGAGGCCUUGGGUCCGAAGCAGCUUGGUGUCGAAGCAUCUGCAACGAGUCAUCAAUUAUUGUAAUCGAUGUAGAGUAUCGUCUGACUCCAGAAUUUCCAUUCCCCGUGGCACUCCAUGACUGCUGGGCUGCCGUGAGAUGGGCACACGCCAAUGCUGAACUCCUCAAUCUUGACCCGUCUUCAAUUUCCGCUGGCGGCCUCUCUUCAGGAGGCCGCUACACCGCCGUCCUUGCUCACUUCGCCGUGACUGUUCUCCCCCUUGGCUCUCAAACUGCAGUUGAUGGUAGUUCCCGCGACCGAUAUGCGAUGUGUCAACGGUGA